AUGGCAAAAGACAAAACAGCAAAAAAUGUAAAAUCUUUGGCUGAUUGCUAUCGAGCCUGUCAUAAUUCCGAUCAACUCGAAUGCAAUAUUUUUUCAUUCUGUUCAAAUGGCGACUGUAGAGUCAGUAGCUUACUAACUGACGACUUGUAUAAUGAAUCGCAUGUGGAACAAGAAAAAACAUGUUCUAUUUACGCUUCGGAGGUUCUUAAUGAUUACUCAGAAGUACCUCAUAGAAAAUUUAAAACUCAGACUUCAAUCGCAAUCGAGACACGCCUUGAUACUUGUGCAGAAUUGUGUCAUGCUUCACCUGAUUGUUUAUCCUUCCAAUAUUGCAACCUUAAAUGUAGUUUUGGUGGUGCUUAUACCGAUGAAUCUACUGAAUAUGAUGAAGAAUGCAUUGUCUUUGUUCCCAAAGUAUCUGAAAAGUAUCAAAAAACGGGCAACAAAAUCGUAUCUGGUGUUAUUCACACUGAAUUUAAUUUAAAUUUUGAACAAUGUGCUUCAUUAUGUCAUGAAUGGUCCGAUGGUGAAACUGGAUGUAAAUCAUUCAAUUAUUGUCCUAAAAGUAAAACAGAAAGUUCUUGUUCAUUAACCGAAUUUUCAGUUAAAAGUUCAAAUAUUAAAACCACAGAAGGAGGUUAUUGCUCAAAUUACGAGUUGCAAGUGGAAUCAAAUGGAAAGCGAAGCAAAGGUUCAUCUGGAGCAACUAAAGGAACAAGUGGAUCAGGUGCUUUUGGAAUAAUUAUGUUGUUCUUGCUUGUCGGCGGUUUAUUGGGAUUCGCUGCACCAUUUGGCUACACAAAAGUUAAACAAAUACGCAAUGCUUCGAGAGCCAAUCACAAUUUCAGUUGGACAAGACAAGUAAAUGAACAAACUGAGAAUAUAAAUUGAAUUUAAUUUACCCCAAUUUGAAAACAACUGAAUUUUAUUAAAUUUAUAUCUUGUUUCUAGUACGUAAGCACUAGAGUUAUGAUA